CGAAGCUCAGGGAGAAAGCGGGUGCCUUGGGGGCGGCGACGCUGGGACAAAAUGGCGGAGGAAGCGGGUAGCAACGGGGACGCUUUAGUUUUGCCGGUGGGAAAGGAGGCAGUGGAUCGACUGAUUAAAGAAAACAGCCAUAUCUUCACUGACACUCAGUGCAAAGUUUGUAGUGCAGUGCUGAUCUCUGAGUCACAGAAGCUUGCUCACUACCAGAGCAAGAAACAUGCAAACAAAGUUCGGCGGUACAUGUCUAUCCAUGGUGAGGAAGAACUCAGCCAAAGCAAGAAAAUAAAACUGGACACAAAGCAGGAUAGCAAUGGAGAAGACAGGAACAAAUGCUGUCCCAUCUGUAAUAUGACCUUUUCCUCACCUGUUGUGGCUAACUCCCACUACCUAGGCAAGACCCAUGCCAAGAAUGUGAAGCUGAAGCUGCAGUCUCCUAAAGCAGAAGCUGUAGAACCUGCUCAGAAACAACCCACGAUUGCACCCCCGACUACUGUGUCCUCUAACGAAGAGAACCAAAACACUUCUGACCCAGACAAAUUCUGCAGCCUCUGCCACGCCACGUUCAAUAACCCCCUGAUGGCAAAACAGCAUUAUGUAGGCAAGAAACACAAAAAGCAGGAGACCAAACUUAAGCUAAUGGCACACUAUGGGAGAACGCCUGAGGAACCUGCUGCUUCAACGGCUGGGAAGGGUUAUCCCUGCAAUACCUGCAACAUAGUACUGAACUCUAUAGAGCAAUACCAAGCUCACAUCAGCGGUUUCAAACACAAGAACCAGAUACCAGGAGCUGUACCCAUUACAGGACGAUACCAAAAGCAGCAGUACACACGCGAGGAGACAACAGGCCCUGAUGGCUACAGCUACUUUAGCCAAGACCUCUAGAGCAAGCUCCAUUGGAUUUGGAUUGCAAGUGGCCCAAAAGUGAACAUCUUUUAUCAGCCCACUAUGGUUUUGUUGUUCCUCUGGCUAAAUGAAGGCCUCCUGUCCUGCAGUGCACAGGUUUAGCUGAUUUCACAACUAACAAUUGGCUAAAGGAUCUAGAAGGGACAGAUUUACUAGUUGGCAUUUGCUCAGUCCUUUAGAAUAGUGUUCAUUGUGUAAUCUCUUGCAGUAAUGGCUGGGG